CCGCCCGCCUCCCCUCCCUCGCCGCUGCCGCCGCGGGUGUCUGUCUGUGUGUGUGUGUGUCUGUGCGUGUGCCUCGGCUCCCUCGGCAGCCCGGCCUGACGCAGGCGGAUCCACAUCGCCCCUGCCAACAGCCCGGCUCCGGAGCGCCGUGCCGGGGGUCCGGCUGCGGCGGCGGCCCCGCGGGGCCGAGCCGAGCCCAGGGGCGCGGCGGGGGCCGGGGUGGCCCGAGCGCGGGGGGAAAGUUGCCCGGAGCGGCGAGGGGCGAGCGCGGCGGCAAGACCAUGGGCACUUUGCGGGAUUUACAGUACGCGCUGCAGGAGAAGAUCGAGGAGCUGCGGCAGCGGGAUGCGCUCAUCGACGAGCUGGAGCUGGAGUUGGACCAGAAGGACGAACUGAUCCAGAAGCUGCAAAACGAGCUGGACAAGUACCGCUCGGUGAUCCGGCCCGCCACGCAGCAGGCGCAGCAGCAGAGCGCCGGCACCUUGCAGGGCGAGCAGAGGACCAAGCGCCAGGCGAUUUCGGCCGAGCCCACCGCCUUCGACAUCCAGGAUCUCAGCCACGUCACCCUCCCCUUCUACCCCAAGAGCCCGCAGUCCAAGGAGCUAAUAAAGGAAGCGAUCCUUGACAAUGACUUCAUGAAGAACCUGGAAUUGUCGCAGAUCCAGGAGAUUGUGGAUUGUAUGUACCCCGUGGAGUAUGGCAAGGACAGCUGCAUCAUCAAGGAGGGAGAUGUGGGUUCCCUGGUCUAUGUCAUGGAAG